CACGCCUCAGAAGAGCACAAGGACCCAGCCGACCCGCCCGACGGCCGCUGCGGGUCACCGAGCGGGGCGGCGCCGGGCAACACCCCUCGCCGCGGGAACCUACCGCAAGUUCGGCUUCGGCUCUCGCCGCCGACUUUUUCUCUCACGCGCGCACCCGAGCGGUCGGCUGCCACCACCGCGCGCCGCCGCUGCCGCCCGCGAGCCCGCCCGCGGUGGGAGGCGGGGCACGGCGGCGGGGAGCAGCAGGGGAGGGCGGCGAGCGAGGGGGGGCGAGCUGGAGGAGGCGAAGCAGGGGGAGGCGGAGGAGGCGGAGGCGGAUGAGGCGGAGGAGGCGAGGCCACCUCCAGCAGCGCGGGCGGGCAGCGGGCGAUCCCCUCAGGCCCAGAGGCCCCCGUCCUCGUCGCUCCACAGCGUGGCCACCUCCGGCGCUGCCGCCGGGUCCGAGCGGGCCGCGGCAUUGCCU